UUUCUGCUGAUGUCACGGCACGGGGCCCCGCAGCCGCCUUCCCCGGGCAGUGAGCAGGCAGGAAUCAGUGCCAGGGAUUGCCGCCCUUCACUGGAUCCUCCUCUUCCACCUCUUCCCUCCCCAGGACACCAGCUGGAAGGGAGCCCAGAGCCUUGGCCGCCCGGCAGACGGAUGCCCCGGCAGGGCCCGUCCAUGGAUGCCAGCAAGAAGGUGGAUCUGAAGAUAAUUAUCAUAGGAGCUCUGGGCGUGGGCAAAACCUCCCUCCUGCACCAGUACGUGCACAAGAGGUUUUACGAAGACUAUCGCACCACCCUGGGUGCCAGCAUCCUGACCAAAGUCCUCGCGGUGGACAACACCCCCCUGAAACUGCAGAUCUGGGACACGGGGGGACAGGAGAGAUUCCGGUCCAUGGUGUCAACCUUUUACAAAGGCUCAGAUGGCUGCAUGCUGGCCUUCGACGUGACGGACAGGGAGUCCUUUGAGGCCCUGGACAACUGGCGAGAUGACUUCCUGGAGAAGGUCAUUCCAAGGGAGCAAGAUUUCCCCAUGGUUGUGCUGGGGAACAAAAUAGACCUCUGCGAUCGGCAGGUCCCCAAGGAGACCGCCUCAGCCUGGUGCAAGGAGAAAGACAUCCCUUAUUUUGAAGUCAGCGCCAAGAACAACAUCAACGUGGCGGAGGCUUUUGAGACCCUCGCGAAGCAGGCGCUCUCCACGUAUAAAGGGAUAUUUGAGAGUUAUUUAACCGACUCCAUCAAACUCACUCCCAACGACAAGCCCAAGAAGAGCUGCUGCUGACCCUGGGCACGCACCGCGCUCCGGGCUGUACUGGAUGAGCAGAGCCUGGGGGUGAUGGACCCCACGUUGCCCACGGCUGGAGCUCUGCCUGGAGGGGGGGUGUCCAUACCCCCUGCCCACCCCAGCCCGGCCACAGAAGUUGGCCAAGCCGGGGGACAGAAUGGCCACCACUUGAUGCAGGUACCUGCGCAUCCCGGGACUUGCUGCUUCCCACGUCUCCGGAGCUGCUCUCCCAAACCAGGAGCCUCCCAAAUCACCGCUGCGUCAUGGUGGCCCCGUCCCCCUCGAUCCGCUGCCACCCGGCACCCGAGCGGGCCACCCCCCUGCAGUGACGGUGCUGCUGAUGCUUCUCCAGAGACCAUGACCUUGUCCCCACGGGUGACCCUUCCUGGUGCGUGGAUGGGUGGCCCCACGGUGCUCGCGGUGCAUCCGGGCUGUCCCGGGGCUGGUGGCCACGGCACAGGUCUGAGAGCAGCCGGGUCCCCUCCCGGGGUCAGCCGCUGCCGACGUAACCGUCCCGUGCCUCAGUUUCCCCUGCUCUCAUGCACACCCCCCGUCAAACACCCUCCGCCUCCCGCCUCACUGGUGAGGAUCCUCAGUAAAGCACUUUG